AUGACUUCUGUACCAGGGGCCUCUGUUUCCAAGCGUAGGAAGUUCGUGGCAGAUGGUGUUUUCUACGCCGAAUUGAACGAGUUCUUCCAGCGUGAGCUGGCAGAGGAAGGAUACUCUGGUGUCGAGGUUCGCGUCACGCCUACUGUGACUGACAUCAUCAUCCGCGCAACACACACCCAAGAAGUCCUCGGCGAGCAAGGGCGCCGCAUCCGCGAACUGACCUCUCUUAUCCAAAAACGCUUCAAGUUCCCUGAGAACUCUGUCUCCCUCUACGCCGCCAAGGUCCAAAAUCGUGGUCUUUCCGCUGUCGCUCAGUGCGAAUCUCUCCGUUACAAGUUGCUCAAUGGAUUGGCUGUUAGGAGAGCUUGCUAUGGUGUGCUGCGGUUCAUCAUGGAGAGUGGAGCGAAGGGUUGUGAGGUGGUGGUUUCGGGGAAGCUGAGGGCUGCCAGGGCUAAGAGCAUGAAGUUUACAGAUGGCUUCAUGAUCCACUCCGGUCAACCUGCCAAAGACUUCAUCGAUUCUGCUACCCGCCACGUUCUUCUCCGCCAAGGUGUGUUGGGUAUCAAGGUCAAGAUCAUGCGGGGAUCCGAUCCCGAAGGCAAGUCUGGUCCUCAGAAGUCCCUGCCAGACUCCGUCACUAUCAUCGAGCCAAAGGAAGAACAGACGGUUGUGCAGCCCAUGAGCCAGGACUAUGGUGCGAAGGCAGUUGCAGCGCAACAGGCAGCGGAGCAGCAGAGGAUGCAGGAGCAGCAGGAGCAGGGAACAGAGGAGGGGAAGGAAGAUUAUGGUCAGGAGUAG